ACCACUGCUCUGAGAAUUUUAAAUGCUAAUGGGCUAUAUGUAAAAUAAGACACAAAAUUGGAUCCAUUUGGAUAAAUUCCAAAUGACUUCAGAGAUUUAAAUGUAAAAAAAAAGGAACUACGUAAAAACUAGAAGACAAAUCCUCAAUGCCCCCAUGUCCUUGAUCUUUACACCAGCACUUUGAGCUCAGGGUGGUUGCCUGCGCUCUUGCCUCCUUCCCACCCCAGCCCCCGACAAGCCCUCCUCACAUACCCAUGUGCUUCCCUCUCGUUACCUUUACAGAGUGUGUGCAGCCCUCUCCCUAAGGUCACACCUCGUAUAGCCUGCUUUUUCUCCAGAGCUGUUAUCUUCCAACACACUAUUUUGCUCACUUAACUUGAGAGGUCUACUUUCCUGUCCUAGAAUCACCUCUGAAGGAUGGAACUUGCGUCCAUUUUGUUCAGUGUCAGAUCCUCAGUGUUUAGAGCACAAGCUCAAUGACUUUUUGCUGAAGGUCGAAGUGAUGUGGGCAGUUUCAGGGGGACCUAGGGCGGGUCCAGACUACCCCAUCUCUUGGCUCUGAUGAAUAAAGGACAGGUGCAAGGCAGUUGAGAGGAACACAAUAGGCUGUGAGCAUAUGAGGGAGACAACGAGCUGACACAUCCUGGUGAGGCUCUCUCUCUUCCAAAGGUCUUCUGGAGGGGUGAAUAUGAAGCUCUGGACUUCUGUUGAGGCCCCUUUUCAUCUGCACAGCUGUUGCAGGGCGCCUUGGGCCUGGGCCCAGCGCAGUCGCCACUGGGGCAGGGACAGACCCUGGCAGAGCUCCCCAGACAGGGCGGCCUGGCCUGGCUGCUCCCACCUGGGGGAAGCGGACAGCAUCACCGGAAGGCCUGGGCCUCCACACACGCAGCCUCCCCCAACGCCAUGGCCUGCCUGUCACCGCCCAGGUUCUGCCCAUGCCAUCCGGCUCAGCACCCUCCCCCGCCCUCGUCACCCUCUUACCAGUCCUCCACAACCCCCUGUAGCUUGGGAAUUCGCUCCAGUGCUUGUUUCAGCAGGUUUUCCAGCUGCUUCAGAGCCUGCCCCAGAUUGUCUUUCUGCUCCUUUUCCCAGGAUGCCCGGAUCUGCAGCAGCUCUGCAGAUCCCAGCACCGGAAACUCUGCUGGUCCUGGAGGAACAGAAGGUCCUGGCGAAGAGAGGCGGCCUUUGGGAGGAGCAGUUCCGGAGCCUGGAAGGGAGGGCGAGCAACAGUGGCUUCCAGCUCCAGCUUCCGACGGGCCUGGCGGGAACAAGUACAGAGGUAGUUAGAUGCAUAGGGCUGGUUGGGGCUUGACCCAGCCUGACUGCUCUCUGUGGAGGACCGGUCUCCUUGCCUGCACAGCAGAGAGGCGGAAGAAGAGGUGUUACUGUGGGGCUUGCCUGUGUCCCCUCCCCUGUCAAAGCCUCCCUCAUGCUGCCGGCUCACCUCUGGCUGUGCACAUGCCGUAAGACGUAGGCCCAGAUGUCGGCCCCCUGGCCCAGACACAGUCUGUGGGGACAGUGUGUAAAGGUGUUCCUUCGUCUUUCCCAUUCCAUGACAUUCGUGAGCCGACCCUGCCCCGCGGACACCGCGGUGGAUGACAGCCCCAGCGUCCCUGCUGCGGAGCUCGGGUCCCCUGGGGGACGUAGACGCUUCACCAUCACCAGGUCCAAUCUGGAAGUGAGACCCACACACUGUACGUUGAACCAGGAGUUCAAACUGAGCACAACAACAAAAGGUAUUCUGCUGGCCCAGCAUCUCCUCUUCAGGCCAAGGUCCAUGGCUACUAAGACUGAGCCCAGGAACCUGGCGUUUAUGGUAACACCAAUGCAGCCAGUCAUCCUGAUGUCCUUGAAUCCUCCAGAAAAGGAUUAUUUGUAUCUCUCCAUGAUUUCCUUCUUCUUCUUCAUUCUGCUGGCAAUCCCAGCCCUCUUGUUUUCCAUCAAGACCCGAGAAGCCAACUUUCAUGGGGAUCAGAGGACAGCACAAAUAAAUUCCAGACUGGCCUUGGGCUUUAGCAUCUCAAGCAUCCUGGUGGGCUCCAUUAUGAUCAUUAGCUCCAUUAUAGUUGGAGUCCUGAAACAUGAAGUAUGAGAUCAUAUUGAAAGCUCACCUCCCUCAAAAAAGUCAUGAACUUCACCUUCUGGAGCUUUUGAACUUGGACAUCAAUAACCUACCUGUCCUGGAGGAAGUUUCCCCUCCAUUAGCAUUUUUAAGAACAAUAAAAUUUUUGAGGAGACUUCCGCUUUCUGCUCAUC